GCUGCAGGCACGGUGGCGCGGGCGCAUGGCUCGCAAGCGCUACGCGGAAGUGAAGGAGAUUUUGCGGCGUGAGAAGGCCAAGGUACGGGACCUCAAGCGUGCACGGCACCUGGCGGAGUUCAGGGAACGGAAGCGUUUAGAGGAGCUCCGGCGCAAGGAGAGGCGCCAGCACGAGGUCUCAAAAUUCUCGAAGCGCCUACACGAUGUGGAGUUCAUACAGAAGACCCGUGCUGCGAGGCGCAUUCAGGGUGCCUACCGCGUUCGACGUGCAAAGCUUCAGCUGCGGAACCUCAAGCAUGAGCGCGACGAAAAGGAGUACUCUCAACGUGCGGCGGUCAAGCUCAAAAUCGAGCGCGAGCGGCAAGAGAAACUCAAAGAGCAGAAGGCGAAGGAAGUCGCCGCCAAGGCGAAGCUGCAGCGCGAGGUGCAGGGCUACCGGCACAAGGUCGAUGCCAUGGAGUUCCGCGUGCAGGAGCAGGCGGCGGUGCGCAUCCAGGCCAUCAUGAAGGGCUCGGUGCAGCGGCUCAGGUUUGCGACGGCCAGGAAGCUUGCCAAGGAAAAAUACGACAUGGAGCAGUCCAAGGCAAAGCUGGACAAGAAGGUGGCUGAGGAGUUGAGGAAGCUGGAAGAGCAGCAAAAGGCCAAUCAGCUGAAGCUGGAGGAGGAGCAGCGCAAGAUGGAGGAAAAGUACAGGGUCGAGCGCGAGAAGGCAGAGCAGAAAAAAGAGGAGGAAAAGGCAAAGCUGGAGAAGAAAUUAGAAAAGGAAACAGAGCGUAUUGAAAAAGAACGUGUGAAGAUGGAGGAAGCAAUGCAGAGGGAACGCGAGAAGCUCGAACAGGAGCGAGAGGCACUGAUGGAGCAGAUGGACGGUGCUUUGCCGACGGGAUCAGGGAGCAGAGGCCCCACCAUGCCCUACAAGUCCGUGGUGAAGGCGUCUAUGGAGACGCGCAAGGAGGAGCACAUUCUAGCCAAGGAGAGACAGCUCGAGGCGACCUUGAAGAAAUUGGCCGAAACCCAGGAAGCCGCCGCCGUCGCCGCUGCCGUCGCUGCUCCGGCUCCUGGUGCCUUACUGGAGGAGGCACGGCCUCCAAGCGUGGCGGCCUGUGCGGCCGCACAGGCCAACAAGGCUCUGAAUCCCGGUGCCGUGGAGGCUGCCGUGGCAUCCUUCACUGCCAAACCACCAGUGGAGGAGGACCCAGCUGCAGACCAAUCACCGGGCCGGCCCCCCUCGGAGCUGUCCCACGCUGCGGCUGCCUCGAUGGUCCGACCACAGGAUGCUGUGUCAACGCUGGAUUGCACCCCCGACUCUCAAAUCGUGCCGGAUCUGCAGUUCAUACCCCCCACUGCAGUAAAGCUCGGCCCGGCCAGAUCGGCCAGUGGCCAGCAGCGGCGCCUGGCAGUGCAUGCGCAUGUGUCGGACUGGAAGAUUAGGCGUGAGGAUUUGGAGAUACGGAACGAGCUCAGCCGCACUUUGCACAGCACCCUGUACUUAGCUGACUGGAAGGGGACGACAGUUGUGGUCAAGUGCGCCGGACUUCAUGGCGUAGGAAUGUCGGCCCACUUGCGGAAGUCGGAAUCUCAAGCAGAGCAGCUUGAGACAGAGGAUGCCUCGGACAGCCUGGUGCAGGAGAUUCUGCAGGAGAUCGAGACGAUGUCCCAGCUACGCCAUCCGGAUCUGGUCAUGUUUUUGGGGGCUUGCCUAGAGAAGCCGCACCCCGUGAUGUGCAUCACGGAGUUUCUCCCAUGCGGAGACCUUGAACGCUUUUUCCUCAUGCAGCGAAAGAAACGUGAUGGAGCACUUUGGCGCCCCUGCCUGCGGGAUGUGCUUGACUGGUGUUUGGCUAUCGCCAGAGCUCUGAACUUCUUGCACAAUCGUGAUGUGCCGGUUAUUCAUCGAGACCUGAAGCCGUUGAACCUCUUCUUGACCAGCAGCAUGCAGCUGAAAGUUGGGGAUUUGGGAAGCAGCAGGCGAUCUGCGAGGGAAACGGCUGAUAACUUCAAGAUGACAGGAGGUUUAGGUACCUGGCGCUAUAUGGCCCCAGAAAUGGCGCGGCAUGAGAACUACAACGAAAAGGUCGACAUCUACGCCUUCGGGCUCGUCAUGUACUUCAUGAGCUCCGGGCGGACACCUUUCCACCAGCGUGGUGCAGAUCCGAAAGUCAUCCUCGAUGACUAUGUGAAAGGGAAGCGGCCCCGCCCUCCGCCCUCCGACUGCUAUGCGCAAUUGCGGCCGAUGAUGGUGGCAGCGUGGCAGGAGGAUUUCCGAUUGCGGCCCACAGCACAGGACAUACUCGUCACCCUCAACUCCGGCAUUCCAUCCAAGAAGGCAUCGUGUGGCUGUGCCCAGAUGUGA